GCGGGAAGCGGCUGAGCUGGAGCAAAUGUGGACGCAGAGGCCUUGACUCGCCGACGGCUGACGAGGGAGUCGGACUUCGUGGCCACACCAAACCUCAGCGCUCCCUUCCCCUCGCCGCCGCCGCCGCCAUGCUUCAACUCCAAAAACAUCUCCUUCCCUUCCACCGCUCCGCCUCCCCCAUCCACCUCUCCCUCCACCGCGCCCUCCUAUCCGCCGCCGCCGCCGCCUCCCCGGCCCACUUCGCCGUCGAGGACUACCUCGUCACCACCUGCGGCCUCACCGAGGAGCAAGCCGCGAAGGCCGCCAAGUUCAUCUCCCACUGCAAGUCCCCCUCCAACGCCGACGCCGUGCUUGCCUUCCUCGCCGGCCCGGCCCUCGGCCUCUCCAAGGCCGACAUCGCGCUCCUCGUGUCCCACGACCCGCGUAUCCUCAACUGCAGCGUCGAGAAAACCCUCAGGGUCCGCGUCGAUGGCUUCCUCAGCCACGGUUUCACCGCCGCUCAGAUCCGCAGCUUCGUCCGCCGGGUCCCCUUGGUCUUCCGCUCCUUCAACAUCAACGAGAAGCUCGGCUUCUGGAUGCCGUUUCUGGGGUCCCCCGAGAAGUUCCUCCUCGUCGUCAGGCGCAACUUCUACCUCGUCACCUCCGACCUCGACAAGGUCAUCAAGACCAACAUCCAGCUGCUGCGGGAGAGCGGGCUAAGUGUUCGCGAUAUUGCCAAGAUGUGCGUGGCCAACCCGAGGCUGCUCACCAGUAACCCGAAUAGCGUCAAGGCCAUCCUCGUGCGCGCCGACGAACUCGGCGUGCCGCGCAACUCGCUUAUGUUCAGGCAGGCGGUGGGCAGCGUGGCAGGCCUUGGCCGGGAGACCAUGGCAGCAAAGCUCAAGUUCAUGGGCGAGACGCUCGGGUGGUCCGACGCCGAGGUGUCCAGAGCGGUGAAAAUGAGCCCUGUGCUGCUGAGGUGCUCCAGGGAGAAGCUUCAGCGUGUCUCAGAGUUCCUGACCAAGGUGGUCGGCGUCGAUGCCAAGUACAUUCUGGGCAGGCCCACUAUCCUGAUGUACAGCCUUGAGCGCCGGCUGGCUCCCCGGCAUUAUGUCAUGAAGGUGCUCCUGGAGAAAGGAUUGAUGCGUAAAGAUCAGAGCUUCUACACAAUGGUCACGGUUGGUGACGAGUUGUUUCGAUCCAGGUAUAUAAAUUCUCACAAGGAUGUUCUUCCAGGUCUUGCCGAUGCAUAUACAUCUGCUUGCAAAGGGGAAAUACCUGCUUAGGGUGCGCUAUGAAGGAUCCUGUUCGUAUGUCCCAAUGAGAGUUUUGAAGCCUUGCUGACUGGCCGUCUAAAUGGGCAGCAUCGACCAUCACAUUUUCAUUUUUAGCUCAUUCAGAUACUCUGCAAUUGAGAUACUCUGAUGUGUAGUCUGCAACUCUGAUGUACUUGGCUGCUAGCAUCAGAAUUGAUGAAACUCAUUGUGCUAACAAUACUAACUUAUGAUGAGCAAAGCCUGCUGCUGUCA